AUGCCGAUAAAUAAUAAUUCAAGGCCCGGUCUUCGUAACUCCCACGCAAGUCGACACCAAAUGAUUACUGCAAGUCAGCCUGUUCCGAAGGCAAAUUAUGUUGUGCCAGCGACUGCAACAGUGCAAACUAAAUGUAAUAGUAAUCAUGCUACGGCACCACAACUGAAUAUUCAAGCAAACUAG